AUGUCCGGCUCCGGCAGGAAAGACUUCGACGUGAAGCACAUCCUGCGCCUCCGCUGGAAACUGUUCAGUCACCCCUCGCCGGCGGGCGGCCCGGCGGGGGGCGGCUGCCUGCCGCCCGACAGCAGCUUCGAACACUGGGGGCCCAGCCAGAGCCGCCUGCUGAAGAGCCAGGAGAGAGGCAACAGCGCCUUCUGGAAGAAAUCCGCCUCCUCCGCCUCCUCCUCCGCGGCCACCACGGCCAGCCCGCCCAACGGGACGCUGCUGCCCGCCGGCGGCCGGCCGGGCGGGGGCCACGGGCUGGGGCACGGGCACGGGCCGGGGCCGGGGCCGCCGCCGCCCCGCACCGUCUUCUACGUGGAGUCCCUGGAGGAGGAGGAGGAGGAGGCGGAGGCGGUGCCCGGCGGGAUGGAGGUGGCCCGGGAGCCCGAGAAGCCCCUGGCGCCGCCGGAGCGGGAGGAGGCGCCGGGGGACUGCGCGGAUGGAGGCAGCCGGGCAACAGGUGACGGAGGCGGGCACAGACUGUCAGGAGCCAGCCACCCCUUGCCACCCCACUGCGACAUGGAUUCGUGUAGCUCUGAGGAAUUCUACCAGGCUGUUCACCACGCGGAGCAAACUUUCAGAAAGAUGGAGAGCUACCUGAAGCAACAGCAGCUCUGUGACGUUAUCCUGAUUGCUGGGAACCGCAAGAUACCUGCACAUAGACUUGUCCUCAGCUCUGUCUCUGACUACUUUGCUGCCAUGUUUACAAGUGAUGUUUGUGAAGCCAAGCAAGAAGAGAUCAAAAUGGAAGGCAUAGACCCCAAUGCACUAUGGGAUCUUGUUCAGUUUGCAUAUACAGGCUGCCUGGAAUUGAAAGAAGACACCAUUGAAAAUCUUCUAGCAGCUGCCUGCCUCCUCCAGCUCCCACAAGUAGUAGAGGUUUGCUGCCAUUUUCUAAUGAAGCUUUUGCACCCAUCCAACUGUUUGGGAAUACGAGCAUUUGCUGAUGCACAAGGAUGCACAGAGCUUAUGAAGGUGGCUCACAACUACACCAUGGAGAAUAUAAUGGAAGUUAUAAGAAACCAAGAAUUUUUACUUCUACCAGCUGAAGAACUCCAUAAACUUCUUGCUAGUGAUGAUGUGAAUGUUCCUGAUGAAGAGACCAUUUUCCAUGCCUUAAUGAUGUGGGUGAAGUAUGAUAUGCAGAGGCGAUGCAAUGACCUAAGUAUGCUACUUGCUUAUGUCAGAUUACCACUGCUUCCACCUCAGAUAUUGGCUGACCUAGAAAACCAUGCGCUUUUUAAGGAUGACCUAGAAUGCCAGAAGCUUAUUCUGGAAGCCAUGAAAUACCAUCUUUUACCAGAGAGAAGAACUCUCAUGCAGAGUCCAAGAACUAAACCUAGAAAAUCUACAGUUGGGACACUUUAUGCUGUUGGAGGAAUGGAUAACAACAAAGGUGCUACAACUAUUGAAAAGUAUGAUCUCAGAACAAAUAUAUGGAUUCAGGCUGGAGUGAUGAAUGGCAGGAGGCUUCAGUUUGGUGUUGCUGUCAUCGAUGACAAGCUGUUUGUCAUUGGAGGCCGGGAUGGUUUAAAGACAUUAAACACUGUUGAAUGUUACAAUCCAAAGACCAAGGCUUGGACUGUGUUACCACCAAUGUCAACACAUAGGCAUGGCUUAGGAGUUACAGUGCUUGAAGGGCCUAUUUAUGCAGUGGGAGGACAUGAUGGUUGGAGUUAUUUGAAUACAGUUGAGAGGUGGGACCCUCAAAGUCAGCAGUGGACAUUUGUGGCAAGUAUGUCGAUUGCCAGAAGCACUGUUGGAGUAGCAGCAUUAAAUGGCAAGUUAUAUUCAGUUGGAGGUCGGGAUGGAAGUUCGUGUUUGAGUUCAAUGGAAUAUUAUGAUCCUCACACAAAUAAAUGGAAUAUGUGUGCUCCUAUGUGUAAGAGAAGAGGAGGUGUAGGAGUGGCUACAUGUGAUGGCUUUCUUUAUGCAGUUGGAGGCCAUGAUGCUCCUGCUUCUAACCAUUGUUCCCGACUGCUGGACUAUGUAGAAAGGUAUGAUCCAAAAACUGAUACAUGGACAAUGGUGGCUCCACUGAGUAUGCCUCGAGAUGCUGUUGGUGUCUGUCUCCUUGGUGACAGAUUAUAUGCAGUAGGUGGCUAUGAUGGUCAAACAUACCUGAACACUAUGGAAGCAUAUGACCCUCAAACUAAUGAAUGGACACAGAUGGCUUCCCUAAAUAUUGGAAGAGCUGGUGCCUGUGUUGUAGUCAUCAAACAACCAUGA